CAACGUGUCCAGACCACAAGUUAUGGUGUAACAGGAAUAUAGUUAAGCGAAGGUGAGGAGAGAGAAGGUGGCCAUUCUUGACUUUGCUAGCAGAAGGAGAUGGCCCAGGUUAAAUAUGGAGGGAAGGAGGGGUUGGAGGAGCGAGGACACUGGGCUGGUAAAGCAGAGUACCUAUUGGCCGUUGCAGGGAAUGUGGUUGGGCUGGGAAACGUGUGGAGGUUCCCUUAUCUAUGCUACAAGAAUGGAGGAGGGGCCUUCCUUGUGCCCUACUUGGUGUUUGUGGUCACCUGUGGGGUACCACUGUUUCUCCUGGAGACCAUCAUGGGCCAGUAUACCCAGGAAGGGGCCAUCACCUCCUGGCAAAAACUGUGCCCGCUGGCCGAGGGCAUUGGCUACGCCGGUCAGCUGAUCCUGUUGUACAGCUGCAUGUGUUACAUUGUCAUCCUGGCAUGGGCGCUGUUGUACCUGUGCUUCUCCUUCAGUUCUAAGUUACCAUGGGCUAACUGUGACAACGUCUGGAACACAGAAAACUGUGUGGACAUCUCUGGAAACAACAAGACAUACAACUGGACUGAGCAAAGUAACUCAACAUCUCCUGCCAUAGAAUUCUGGGAGCGUCGUGUGCUGGCGAUCUCAGCAGGCAUAGAGGAGGUGGGCAGUGUGAGGUGGGAGAUCCUCCUGUGUCUCGUUGCUGUGUGGGUCGCCUGCUAUUUCUGUGUCUGGAAAGGUGUGAAGUCUACUGGAAAGGUGGUCUACUUCACAGCCACGUUCCCCUACGUGAUGCUGCUGGUGCUGCUCAUCAGAGGGCUGACUCUACCUGGAGCUCUGCAGGGGGUCACCUACUACCUGUACCCAGAGCCCUCAAAGCUGUUAGAGCCUCAGGUGUGGAUGGAAGCUGUCUCUCAGGUCUUCUUUUCCUUUAGUGUGGGUGUCGGCACACUGACUGUUCUGGGGAGUUACAAUCCCUACAACAACAACUGUUACAAGGACUGCCUCUGGUUAUGCGUGUUGAACAGCUGCACCAGUAUGGUGGCUGGAUUUGCUGUGUUCUCUAUGCUUGGCUUCAUGGCCCAUGAACAGAAUGUUCCCAUUGAGAUGGUGGCAGAGUCAGGUCCUGGUCUGGCUUUCAUUGCGUACCCUCAGGCUGUGGCCAUGAUGCCCUUUCCACAGCUGUGGGCAGUCUGCUUCUUCGUCAUGAUAAUCUUACUUGGCCUUGAUACACAGUUUGUGAUGAUGGAGGUGGUGAUGACGUCGGUAACAGAUCUGGUGCCCUCUGUGCUGCGCCGGUCUGGGGGGCGACGGGAGCUCUGCCUGCUGCUCUAUUGCCUCCUCUGCUUCAGCGCAGGCGUUCUCAUGGUGACAGAGGGUGGGAUGUAUGUCUUCCAGAUAUUUGAUUACUACGCUUGCAAUGGGACCUGUCUGAUGUUCCUUGCAGUCUUCUUGUCCUUGGCAAUGGGCUGGGUGUUUGGUACUGAGCGUUUGUAUGACAUCGUUGAGGACAUGACUGGGGUGAGGGCCAGCCCCCUCUUUCGGAUGUGCUGGAAGUAUCUGACGCCUAUUGUGUCCCUGGUUUCCUUUAUUUGCUCUCUUGUCGAGUACCAGCCCCUGACCUUCAAUCGCUGGUAUGUUUACCCAGGCUGGGUGUACGUGCUUGGCUGGAUGAUGUCCUUCUCCUCUGUCCUCCUCAUACCAGGGGUGGCUCUCUUCCGGCUCAUGACUGGCAAAGGCACUUUAAGAGAGCGCUGGCUUCACCUGUGUUGUCCUGCUAAUGACCUUCCCUUGACCCGGAAGCAGAAGCCAGAGCUUCAGAGUCUUACAGAGGGAAAGAAUUUUGUUGCCAUGGGAAACCAAGCAUAACACUGAAUUAUUGGAUCCACUGGUGACUGUUGCUGCAACAGUCUUUACAAUAGUUUUACAAGAAAAUAUAUUGUCUGCCUGAAGUUUAAAUGUCUCGGUUCAUGUUGUCUUUUGAAAUAUAUUCCUUCAAGACUAUAUAGAUCUCAAGGAGGACUGAAAUGACAAUAUAAAAUUAAAUGAAAUAUAGCUGAAUUAACCCCCAUAACUGUAUGCAAUGGGCCAAUCAUCUGGCAUCUUGUGUGAUUCUUGCUUAAGCUGAAUAUUUGCUCACAAAAUAUGAUUAUGAAACUAUGAAAUAUGAUUUAUCAAAGCAAAUAAACAACAACUCAAAAACCUGACCAUGA